AUGAUACCAUCUCACAGUAUCUUCCCUGAUUCAAAACAUAACGAACCUUUGCUGAUAUCUCCUUUAAAUUCACCAUCAACUCCUAAUGUUUCACCAAGAGUUUUUACUACUACACUACAAGCAGAUUCAACUUCACUUAGUCCGCUGGAUUUCUUUAAUUCAAAUACAUUCUACUCUAUGAACCAAGCCACAUCGAAUCAUAGUGCAUUGACAUCAGCGAAACAAGAUGAAAUCAAGCAGGAUUUAAUUGAUUGGACUAUUGAGGAGAAAAUAUCUAUGCUUGAUAUUUUCGAUCCGUUAAAGCAAACUAAGCAAUCAACUUUACUGCCAUGCGAAUCAGACGAAAUCAUUUCAAAGACAUCUAGCGUUGCAACAUCGAAUAUCGACACUUUAGUAGCACCCGUAACAUCUGCCAUUUCUAUUGCACAACCAUAUCCGAUUAAACUAAAGUUAAAAUUAGCUACAUGUUUGGAAUUAAAACCCUUUAGUCGAAUCGUUCAGCAGCUACUCAGCCAACCUCAAGCACAACAGGCGCCAUCAGAUGGAACUUUUUAUUGUAAACAUGUUGAACGGUUAACGUCUCAACACAUUAAACAAAGUCAAUCGCCUGUUACAUUAUACAUACUUACUAAUAGUUUAAAAGAACCAAUAUGUUUAACGGAAAUAAGUUUACAAUCAACAGUAGCACAAAUUUUAAGAAAACUGCUUGAAAUAUUUCAAUUUGACUACGAUCAAUCAAUACUUAAAUUACGUUCCUGUGACGAAUAUUUACGUCAUGAUGAUGUUUUAUGCAAUAUUGAAUAUGUUUAUAAUUGUAUUUAUUCAAUAAAACAAAUACAAUUCGUUUUAGUUAAAAAACCAAGUUCUCCAUUACGAAAGAAACAAGCUCAUAUUAGUUUUGAAGAAUUUUGUUUAAAUGACCGAGAAAAAUAUUUUCAGACAAAACAAACAAGACUUUUGCAAUCAACAAAAACCUCGAAUAAAAGUAAACAAUUAAUAUCGCUUGAUGUAACUUGUUCAUCUCCGUUAUCAAAUCCUCACUGGAGAGAAGACUUUCGUGAAAAUAUUGAUCGAAAACUUAGACAAAUUGAACAAUGUUUUAAUCGUUUAGUUAAUCCAGAUUCAUCGAAAUUAUUGAUAGACGAACAAAUAGAAUUGAUUGAAGAAUUAAUAAGUUGUAGUAAAACGAUUCAAAGCAUAUGUUUAGAUAUAAAAUCAACAUCACUUUUCGAGAGACAACUUAUGUUAAAAUUUUAUGCUGCUCAACUAAAAAACCAAUCCGAAAAUCAGAAUGAACAAGUAUCAACUUCAAAAAUACCUCAAAAUUUAACACGAUUGCUCUAUGAUUUACUUCUUUCAAUUAUGAAAUAUGUUCAAACAUAUUGUCAAGCAUUUUUAAUACCUUAUGAAGUAGAAAUUUAUGAUGAUGAAAAUAAAUCAAUUGAUAUACAAACAUUGAAAACGCUGUCAACAACAACAACAACUACUGAUCCGCGUCCAAUAAUUGAAUCAUUAGAACUCUGUAAUAUUCUUAUCGGCAGUCUUUCUUAUGUACCAUCAAACAUCAAAACAGUUCGUAUUGUCGUUCGUCUUUGUUAUGGUAAUCAAACAAAAGCAAAACAAAUGACAAGUUUAAUGCCAUUUGUACGUAAUAUUUAUCCAGAAAGUUCUUUACAAGUUGAUUUCAAUGAACAACUUAUAUUUAAUGAUAUACAUCUAUGUGAAUUACAACGUGAAGCAUUGCUUCUGUUUGAAAUCUAUGCUAGUUUCGUUGAUGAAGCUGAUCCAUCAGUAGCUUCAUUAGUUAGUGAAGUAUUCGAUGGAGUUUCGAUGUGUCUUGUCGGUUGGUGUUCACAAGCAUUAUUUGAUCAUGAACACACCCUUAUCAGUGGUGAACAUUAUUUAGGUAUCAUCGAUGCUGCAACAACGGCACGAACAGGUUUUUAUUCAUUAAGAAAUAUUUUGGAUCGUAAUUGUCCAAUACUAACGAUCUCAUUACCGAAUCAAUCAUUUUAUUUGCCAAAAAUUCAAGCUAGAAAAGAUAUGUUUGCUAAGAAGGAGCUCAGUGAUAUUAGUCUAGAUAAUCGAAAAUAUUUAAAUCAAUUAAUUAAUCGACAAAAUUUAUUAUUGACUGAUCAUAGUGUAAUGAUAACAAAUGAAACUUCUAUGAAUAAUCGGAAACAACAAUUAUCACCAAAUAUGUUAGAUAACGAUUCUGAACUGUCUGAUGAAUAUCAUUUUCUAUGGUCUCAUCGUCAUUAUCUGCUUGAUAAACCUCGUUCAUUAGCAAAAUUACUCAAAUCUCGUUUACUAUGGGAUUAUCCAAGUUUAAUUGAUAUCUAUGGUUUUAUCAAUGAAACAGAUCAGCGUCGUAAUUUAGAUGAAAUUGAAUUAUUUGAACUUCUUCUACCUGCUUUUCCAGAUAUGCAUAUACGUUCGUUUGCUUAUCAAUCAUUAAUAUCACGUUUAAAACCUGAUGAACUUAUCUUUUAUCUACCACAAAUUUUACAAAUAAUUAAAUUUGAUUAUAAUUAUUCAUCGACAAUGCUUAAAUAUUUACUUGAACGAUCUAUGAAUGAUUAUCGUAUAGCGCAUAAAUUGUAUUGGCAUUUAAGACAAUUACUUUUAACAGAAACUAUCCAUUUUAUACGUUAUUAUUAUUUAUAUAUGGCAUUAGUGUAUAUUAUCGAAGAUUAUUUUCGUACUGAACUAGAAACUCAAUCUGAUUUAUGUAUUAAUUUAAGAAAAAUAAGAUCAGAAUUAAAAUCUAGUGAAUUAAAUAGAGAAGAUUAUCUGAGUGAACAAUUGAAAAAUUUAAAUAAUGAAUUUUUUCAAUCCAAUCAACGUUCAUGCCGUUUACCAUGCCAAUUUAGUUUCAUAACAAAUAGCAUUGAUAUUAAAUCUUGUUCUAUAUUUAGAUCAUUAACAUGUCCUCUUCAACUUGUUUUUGAUCCAAUUGAUUUAUCAUCUGAAACAUUCUAUGCAAUUUAUAAAACUGGAGACGAUUUACGUCAAGAUCAAAUCGUUUUACAAUUAUUAACUUGUAUGGAUAAAAUAUGGCAAUCGAAUGAUAUAGAUUGCCGUUUGAGUUUAUUUAAUGUUACACCAACAGAAGAACGUUGUGGUUUCAUUGAAAUGAUUACCGACAGUGAAACAUUACUGAAAAUAGAAAAACCUCUAGGAGCAUGGAAAGGUUCAUUUGGUGUAUCAGCGUUAUAUAAUUGGUUACGUUUACAUAAUACAAAUGAAAAAGAUUUUCUUAUGGCUGUAGAUAAUUUAACAUAUUCAUGUGCUGGUUAUUGUGUAGCAACUUAUCUAUUAGGUAUUGGAGAUCGACAUAAUGAAAAUAUAAUGGUGAAAAAAUCAGGACAUUUAUUUCAUAUUGAUUUUGGAAAAUGUCUAGGUGAUAAACAAAAAUUUGGUUGGUUUAAUCGUGAUCGUGCUCCAUUUAUAUUUACAACUCAAAUGUUAUAUGCAAUGUCUAAUGGUGGUACAUCUAAUUUUGCAAUGCAUCGUUUUGUUGAUUUAUGUUGUGAUGCAUUUUGUAUAUUACGACAAAAUUCUUCUCUAAUUUUAAUGCUUCUUUCACAUUUAUGUUCAUCAAAUGUACCUCGUCUCAAUUAUGAUGCUGUUCGAUUUGUUUAUGAUCGUUUAACACCAUCAUUGAAUUAUGCUGAAAGUACAAAACAUUUUACUGAUCUUAUUGUUGGUAGUCUAGAUUCGACAUGGACCAAAUGGAAUGGUCUCAUACAUAAACUUGCAAAUGGUUCGGGCAGUUUAAUGCCAAGUGAUACACUACUAUCGUUUGUACCACAGACAUUUACCAUAGCUACCGACGGAAAAAUUCUAUUCGCACAAGUUAUUGACUAUGAAAAAGAAAUAUCGAGAUCAAAACCUUGUUUAUAUAAAAUAAGAGUGGUUCGAGAAAAUACAAUGUAUCAUUAUCGUACGUAUAAAGAAUUUUUUGAAUUUUACGAAGGUUUAAUUAAACAAUUUCCAAUGGCUGAUCUGGAUUUGAAAUCCUCCAACGAAACAGAGGAUAGUGUUAUUAUUCAAAAACGUGUCAAACACAUAAAUGAUUUUCUUGGAGCAUUAUUUCGUCUGGCAAGUAACAUUACUGAGUCUGAUCUUGUUUGCACAUUUUUUCAUACAAUUCAACGAGAUCAACAAAUCAAUGAUGCAAGAGAAAAAGUUAACGAUGAACUUUCACCUCUUUCUCUAAAUAUCCCACCAACGAAUAAUCAAUCAACAGUUCGUUUACAAUUACUAUAUGAUACUGGAAAACUUUUUGUAAUGGUUCGUUAUGCUAAUAAUUUGCCAUUAAAGAAUGGCAACCAACCAACACCAUAUAGUAAAUGUUAUCUUCUUCCUGAUGAAUCGAAAUUAACAAAACAAAAAGGUAAACCUUCUAAUUCACGAAAUCCAAUAUUUAACGAUACGUUUACAUAUGAAAUGGAUUUAAGUGAAAUUCAAAAACGUAUUCUACGUGUAGGCGUUUGGAAUCAUAUUUUAAAUGUUGGUAAUCAUGUUUUGGGUACUGUUGAUAUUCUACUAUCUGAGAUAGAUUGGUCAAAAAAACACGUAUCCGAUUAUACAAUUAGUACUUCUGACACAUGA